UUUAGAUUGCUUUGAACUCCUAGGGAAGAUGUACAAUUGAAUUUGAGGCCAGAGGGGUGGCUUUUUCUUUAUCUGACUGGUUUCUGACAGCAUGAGUUUAUAUGAAGUUCUCUUUUGCAAUGGUCAAGGAGCUGAUCGUUUUACUGACAAUAUUGAAGAUAUGAUUGGCUACAAACCCUGGCCCCUGAUUAAAUACUGCUGGCUCUACUUCACACCUGGUCUUUGUCUGGCUACCUUCCUGUUUUCACUCAUUAGAUACCAACCCCUCAAAUACAACAACGUUUAUGAAUAUCCUCCGUGGGGGAUUGCAGUGGGUUGGGUGUUGGCGUUGGCUUCUAUGAUCUGCAUACCAUCUUAUAUUAUAUUCAGCUUCCUGAGAACCAAAGGAUCUUUCAAAGAGCGCAUAUGCCAGCUCACUGCUCCAUCCGAAGACUUGCCCCAGCCAAAGAAGCAUCUGAUUGGCAGUUCUCAGUGGGAAUGUUCUGAAGUGGGAUCCCAGCGCCCAAUCAAGGAAGUACUUGGAAAGACGGGGAAGGAAACCAACUUCUAGAGCUUUCUGACAUUCUGGAAGAGCCUCUCCAUGUUUCUGAAGACUUCUGCUUAUAUCCAGGCUGAGUUUCCUCUGAGGUCUUCCUUAUUCUCUUCAGAUGUCAGUAAUUUUUAAGAACUGAUCACGGGAUGGAAAAGAACCAACCCUUGUUUUACCAUGAGUAAAAGAGCAGCUGCAAAAUCAUCGCGGUGGGGAUCAUGGCUCAAGAUCUCCAUGAAACCCUUCUCGUUGACAUUGUUGGAGAAUGGAGCUAUCACUUUGUGCAUGCUGCAUAUACAUCUAUGAUCUAUCAUCUUGAACUGUGUUGUGUUCUGUUUGCAAGAAUUAAAUACGCAGCACGAUCAGGUUACCUGAAAACCAUCUGUUGAAGAUGGUCAACCUGAGUCAUCAUUUCUUUAAUCAUUCUUCCACUGCUACCUCCACUCUUUGAUGCAAUGUUAACAAUUCUGUGAAAAAUCCCUAAUCCAGGAACCUCUGAGAUUAGCCAAAUUUGUACUCAUGUGACAGCAGGAUGAAUGCGUCUUGGACGAAUUUGAUGGAUUACUUUUUUUUCUAUUGUUCUCAAUGGUUUACAUAAAUCUGCUACAGGUGAGGGCUUCUUUCAACAAACAUCAUACUAAUCUAUUUGGAGUUUCUAAAUUAACAUUGAUUGGACAGUCUCUCCCACUGGUGACAGCCCAGAGGAGGGAAAAGUGGCAAAUUGGAAGCAAAAUAAUUUUGUGAGAUACUUCCUUCACAUUCUCUUCCUUAUCUUUUGGAGAAAAGAUUGGCACUGAAAGGCUGACAGUCUUUCAGGAUGAAUAUACCUCAACUGACAGUGCUCUGUGUGAUGUUCUUGAGUUGUUGGAAAACUAGGGGGGAAAAGUGACUCGAGUGGGAACUGCUGCAAAAAGGAAAUACCAAAAUUGCCUUAGUGUUUGUGGGAAGCAGUAAGAAAUAACCAACCUGAGAAUGAGCCACUCCUGGACAAGUAUCUUGCAACAGCGAUGCAAAAACUUGCAUAUGAUCAAUAACACAAAAGUAACAAAAUAAGACAUGCAACUUACAAUCAGCCAGAAGAACAAGAGUUGUGCAGAGCUAGCUGGUUUGCCUGCCUUUAUUUCCUAUGUAACUGCUCUUUUUUAAAAAAGACAAUUUAAUAUGCUCUUAUGCAGCAUGAAUGUCCUCAGAAUUUCUCCCAUAGCACUUAGUACUCCUACAAAUUGACAGAAUUCUUUGUUUCUUUGCAUCUGUUUUCAGAAAUGCCCUGUAUCCCAAGCAAUGCAGUUUUCAAGAAAUUGUAUAUACAAUUGAAGUCAUUGUCCCUUGCUGUAAUAGUGCUUGUGAAUUUGACUUUUCAGCAGAAGCAUUUCUGGAAAAUAUAAAAAGUUAAAACAGUAGCCAUAAUUGUAUAAUUAAAGCCUUGCACGCCCCCCCCCCCCAUUUUUUUUGCAGGAGUUGCACCAGUGAUGCAUAUAAAAAAGGGGUAGGGCUUGUAAUCCCCAUUUGGAUUGCCACUAACAGCCCUGCUUCCAACCUACCUUUAAAUAACAUCGCCCAAAGCAGGAAAAUUUCCAUUGUUACUAGGUUGCAUGAUGCUAUUUCAGACUGCAGUAGAAAAUGUUUAAGGUUUAUUUGAGAUGAAGAUUAAAUGUUAUAUUCAUUUAUCUGAGAGUAAGUACAUAGUACAGGUUAGGGGUGUCAAACUGGUGGCCCAUGGGUCAGAUGCAUCAAGUGUAGGCCAUGCCCUACGUCACAAAACGUUGGGCAUGGCCUACAUGCAAAACAUCACAUGACGCAGCGAGUUUGACACCCGUAGCACAGGUAGUCCUUGACUUACAACCACAAUUGAGCCCAAAAUUUCAUGCCAAGUGAAACAUUUGUUAAGUGAGUUUUGCCCCAUUCUACAUCUUUUAUUGCCACCGUUGAUCAGUGAAUCACUGCCAUUGUUAAGUUGGUAACACAGUUGUUAAAUGGAUCGGGCUUCCCCAUUGUCUUUUGCUUAUCAGAAGAUUACAAAAUGAGAUCAUGUGAUCCCGGGACAGUGCAGCUGUCAUAACUAUGAGUCUGUGGUGAAGUGCCUGAGCGUUGAUCACGUGACCAUGGGAAUGCUGCAAUGGUUGUAAGUGUGGGAAACUGUCGUAAGUCACUUUUUUCAGUGCCGUUGCAACUUUGAAUGGUCACUGAAUGAACGCUUGUAAAUUGAGGAUUACCUUCCCUUGAAAGAAAGAAAGUCAAGGCAUUUCACAAUAGUUUGCUUGGUUUGAUUUUUAUGACACAAUAGCUCACAACAAGUUUCUGAGGAAUAAUUAACUUUUCCCAGUCCACAUUUGCCCUAAAGAGUUUCCAACCUGGCAAAAUAUCCCAUAUCUUUUCCACAAUUCCUUCUUUCCAGUGUAGCUUCUCUUUGCCCCUAGCUUCCUCCUUCCAUAACCAGAAGUGUUAUCUCAAUGUCUAGGGAUGACAACUGCCAGAAUGUUCAGCCAGUUUAAUAGCUAUUAUAACUGGAAGUCAAGAUUGACUAACAGGAGGAGCUGAGAUAGACAGGGCUGAAUAAGGUGGUCAUAGCAAUGGGAUAAAAGAAACCUCAUUUGCACAUCUGGUGAUUGUUUCCAUUGAGCUCUACAUGCUCAGUGAGAUGAGGAUAGAGCUAAGUCUACUUUAACAUGUUAAGAUUCAUUAAUGGAUGUAGCAUGGCUAUGUUUGUAAACUUGAGCUAUCAGUGAAGAGAAGGACCAGGGGAAACGUGAUAGCAGAGUUCCAAUA